AUGGAUGAAGUCUGCCACUUGUUGGAUACACUGAAUUCAACAAUUCACAUAAUUAUAUUCACAGAAACCUGGAUACUGGAACAUGAAAAUGAAUUAGUUAACAUAAAAAAUUAUAGUAAAGUUUUAUCGUGCCGAUCAAAGCGGAGAGGUGGUGGAUGUGGUAUAUUUGUUCAUGAUAAUAUAAGAUAUAAAGCGAAAGAAAUUUUUUGUGAUGAAGUCAAUAGUCUAGUAUGUGUUAAUUUAAAUAUUGAAAAUGAAAUAUACAGUAUUUCUGCAAUAUAUAGGCCGCCAAAUAAUGCCACAGCAGCAGUUGAAAAAUUUCUAAAUAUUUUAGACACACAUAUGGAAACACUAAAUAAUAAAAUAAUUGUAGGUGAUUUCAAUUUUAAUAUUAUCGGGCAUAUUAAUCAUAAUAUUGAUAGCUAUAAAUUGAUAGUUGAAACAAAUGGCUUUUUCUUCUGCAACAAAAAUAUCACUAGACCAACCUCGGCUUCCUGUCUUGAUCAUAUAUUAAUGAAUGACCCUGCAAAUAAGUAUGGACGUUGA